AUGUACCCACCCCUCUUCUGACAGUGUCACCAAGUAGUACUGAACUAGAAAGCUUGCAGAGCGCCCUUCACCUCAGUGCGCUGCGUGAGUGUCUCAUCACGUCGGAAAGAGAGAGAGAUGGGGACACCGUGUUCGGAAAAGUGGUGGCCUUCUGCACUUGUUUUCACCUUCUUCUAUAGCCAAGCUCUCAUCGGAGUGAGAGCAUGGGACUUAACGUUGCUUCAUACCAACGAUGUCCAUGCGCGGGUGGAGGAGACAAGCAAAGAUUCAGGAAAAUGCACGAAGGCUCCAUGCUACGGUGGAGUGGCGAGGAGGCUCACCAAAAUAUCCGAGAUUCGCAAAAAAGAGGAUAACGUAUUGCUGCUGGAUGGCGGUGAUCAGUUUCAGGGCACUGUUUGGUUCAACUUUUACAAAGGUGCAGAAGCAGCCUAUUUCAUGAACAAACUCCGAUACGAUGCAAUGGCUCUAGGGAACCAUGAAUUUGACAAUGGGUGGGAGGGCCUGGUCAAGCCCUUUCUGAUGGAUGUGAACUGCUCCAUCCUGAGUGCCAACAUUAAACCACAUGGCUCCGCUGCACACAAAAUAGAGGGGUACUAUUUGCCUUACAAGAUAUUUGAUGUGGGUUCAGAGAAAGUGGCUGUGGUGGGAUACACGUCCAGAGAAACACCUGCUUUAUCGGUUCCAGGUCCAGACCUGAUCUUUGAGGAGGAGAUAGCAGCUCUGCAGACACAAGUCAGCAAACUCACAACUUUGGGUGUCAAUAAGAUCAUCGCACUAGGUCACUCGGGUUUUACGGUAGACAAACAAAUCGCAGAAAAGGUCAAAGGUGUGGAUGUGGUGAUUGGAGGACACACCAACACGUUCCUUUACACAGGACCAGCGCCUUCCAAUGAGGUCCCUGCUGGUCCCUAUCCCUACAUGGUGAAGUCACAAGAUGGCCGGGAGGUGCCUGUGGUCCAGGCGUACGCCUUUGGGAAAUACCUUGGCCAUCUUACAGUGACUUUUGAUGACUCUGGAAAUGUCCAGAAGGCAACGGGCAAUCCAAUAUUACUGGACAGCUCCAUAGAACAAGACCCUGGGAUACUGGCUGACAUUGUGGAGUGGAAGAAAAGCCUGGCUAAUUACUCUGCUCAGUAUGUGGGCAAGACUCUAGUCUAUCUCAAUGGGACCUCGCAGGAGUGCCGGUUCCGUGAGUGCAACCUGGGCAACCUCAUCUGUGACGCCAUGGUGGACCAUAACAUCAAGUAUGCAGAUGAGCUGCAGUGGAACCACGUGAGCGCCUGCUUGCUGAAUGGGGGAGCGGUACGGUCACCCAUUGAUGAGCGCGCUCGAAAUGGUUCUAUCACAAUGGAGGACCUGAUUGCAGUCUUGCCCUUUGGGUCUACAUUUGACUUGGUUCAGCUGAAAGGCUCCACCAUCAGGAAGGCCUUUGAGCACGGAGUGCGACGCUAUGGAUCCAGCACAGGGGAAUUUCUCCAAGUGUCAGGCUUUCAGGUUGAGAUCGAUCUCUCUAAGUCACCCAACAACCGUGUGAAGUCUAUCAACAUCCUUUGCACCGGGUGCCGAGUUCCUCGCUACGAGCCACUGGAAGAUGACGCUGCUUACAAAGUAGUCAUGCCGUCUUACCUCGUGGAUGGGGGUGAUGGUUAUACAAUGAUCAAAGAGGAGAAGCUGAAACAUGACAGUGGCGAUUUGGAUAUCUCCGUGGUGGAACGCUACAUCAGCGAGUCAAAGAGAGUUCGCACUGCCGUAGAAGGUCGCAUCAAGUUCGUGGGCCCGACAGGUGGAGGACCUAGUCACAUGAUCUCACUUCUGCUCUUGAGUCUGCUUCUGGUUGUGUCAAUGAGCCUUUAGGAGCCGUUGUUUGAAUUCAACCUCUUCAAAAGAAUGCAAGUUUUCCAUCCCAUGUUCUUUUGGCACUUUCACAAUAUAACUACCUGAUUCUUCACCUUUUAACUUCCCCAUAACAUUAUCUGUCCUGUCUUAAGAUUACAGAAAGCAUGCAUCUGUCCCAUAUGAAAUUCAUCAGCUUUGGCAUGGUGUGAACUCUGUGUCCUUCCGUGGUGUGUUUCGCUUGGAACCACAUGGUUACUCGUGCGAAGACAACAAAAGCUGUAGUCCCAUCAGUUGUUUGUUGGGUAUAAUUUGGGAGGGCAGCUCAACCACUUGUGUGGAAAUAUACUGUUAGUUUUUCUAUUCAGCGAUGUUUGAAUAGCAUUUUUAACAAAGGACACCAGGACACUUUACAGGUGGACCAGACCAAUGAUCCCUCCAUCUGAAAACAGAUGGCCUAGAGGGAUUAAUCCAGUGAGAAUGCACCUGUUUACCAAACUCCUCCAAACACUGUGACCUACAUUGGCGUGAGUCACUUGAAACUAGAAUUGUAUGCAUAUUACGAGAACAAAAAGCUUGAAUCUUGCCCCUUGUUUGUGGGGCACUGUUAGUGAGUGUAGCUUAGCAAAGUUCUGUGUGCAAAUGUAAUUUGGACUAUGCAUUUCCAUUCAAUGUUAUUUGAAUAGCACUUGUAACAAAAGAAACCAGGAUACUUUAGGGGAGAAUGAAACUGAUCUCUAUUGAGCAGAAAGAAGCUAGAAGUUUCACUGCUCUAAGAAUGCACCUGUGUACCCAAAAAACCUACCCUUCUGGGAAAAAAAAAGGUUUUUAUGGGUUCUUUGAAAAGCUUACUGGCUAACUGAGUUCUACGGGUAGGGUUUUUCACAACUCACAUGGAUGACUCAAGGGGUCUGAGAGGGUACCAGGUAGAACUUUUAAAGGUUCUUCAAAUUACACAUAGAACCCUACGUUCUUUAGUCUAUUUUGCAUUUUUUAUUAAAAGGGUGUAAAAUAAUUUAAUCCAGACAGAACAGUUUUGGGGAUUUGUGAGUAUUUGCAGUUCUUAAAGAUUUUGUACAUGGCACUUAUAUUUCUUCCUAACUGAGCCACCUUAGUAGUCCAAACCCCUUUAAUGUGCAGAAGCCCUACAGUGUACCUCUCAGGCAGGAAUGCCCAUCUCACCAGCUGUUUUUUAAUUCCCUUAUAUAGUUAUCUUUUACAUCAAUCUUGAAAAAGCCAAAGAGAGUCCAAGGAACAGUCAUUUUUCUCAGAGCCCCUAUUAUUAUGGUAUCGGUCAGAAUAUAAAUAGUCUAAUAUUCUAAUUCCAUUCUGAAGUGUCAUUUUUAGUAGUUUUGGGGGAAUGGUGGGCAGAGAGCCUGAUAUUGCACUGAAGCAUCUACAUACUAUGCGGUUGCUAUCUCUGGACAAUGCACAUACUAUUUACAGUUAUGUCUCUCAAUAGCAGCUUAAAUACGUGAACAUUUUUGUUUAAUUGUGAAAAAAAAUUGUCAUACAUUAGGUUGAAACAUUAUGGCCGUCAAUUUAAAAAAGGAAUUUUCUAAUGUAAGAUUCUCACUAAAGAAUAGUGGAGUUAGAAUGUUAAAAGAUGUCAUAGUCUUUUUUUAAAAGAAGAACAAGUCAUAAUAUAUGCAUUUCAAUAGCGCUAUUUAAUAGCAGAAGGCGUGUUCCAAACACAAGAAUAAAAUAUUCUGAACAGACUGGCUUUAUCCAUUUUCUAUAAGGUUUUUCAGAAGUAUCUUUAGAGAAAAUGAAUACAACAGCAGCAGUAAUAAAGUUAGUUUGCAUUGUUUUAUGAAUUUUAAGUUAUUGUACAUUGUAUAGUUGUAAAAGGUGGAUAAUGUCUAAAUAUACAAGUAUAUGUGCAAAAGAUAUGUUAAUUAAUAUAACUGAUAUGUAAUUGUGAUUGUUUUUUAGUAUCAAAUCUGCAUUAAAUAUACAGAAAUGAUUUCCCUGUGUCAAAAAUAGAUGCAAUAAAGUGGCUAUGCUUUA